GCUACUUUAACGAGAACUAUUUUUUCGUUUCAUACAGUUAUGGUUUACUUCAUUCCAUUUAACCUCCUUUAAUCGCUUCCACUUUCCACAAUCUCUCCAGUUUCAACCUCCUUUUCCUUUUUUCUUUUUAAAUCGUUUCAUACAUUUCUAUCAAAACUCAAGUCUUAUAUACCCAACACGAUUCUUCUUCAUGAUCGACAUGUGUCUCUCAUUUUUUUUUUCUUUUUUCAUCCACAAAUUACGUCAAUCUCUCCAUCUAAUCCUCUUAUGCACGCAGCCAAGAAAAUGCAAGAACAACCAAGAGAGCAUAAUCGGAAAGCAAAGAAUGACAGACCGUUAACGAAUUUGUAAGAUGCUUCUCAUAAGCAACUAUUCUUAUUCUUAUUAGUUAGUUUAUAACUAAUAUCUACAAAAUCUAAAAACGGUUUUAUAAAAGAAUGUGCAAAAUUCCAUAAGUUUUUGGUAUUUUCCAGUUCUCUAAUGGAGUCGGAAUUUUAUUCUGAAAUGUUCAUGUUUAUUACUUAAUUCUUUUUUGCACUUCAUUCUUAUUGUAAGAUUAUGAGAUUAUGAGUUUACAUAAAAAAUUUACAAAUAUCAUGGUUAAGAUUCUUAUUGUAAUUAAAAUUCUUACAUUAAUGUUUUCUAUAAUGAAUAGUGCGAUUACUGAAUACAGUAAGUGUUAAAGAUUGGUUUUCAUGAAGGAUUAUUCACACAGCGAUAAGAAGAGCCCAUGAGAUGAGGUUGCUUUGAUUUCCACGUUCCCAAACAAGAUUAUGUUCACGUUAGAUGGGUUCAUAGAUUCAGCAACCUCUUAUUUUUGA